AUGUUACUUCUAGGGUGGUUAUUGCCGGUGGCUGUUGUUGCAACCUCUGUGCAACGAUUUGAGGUAGGUAGACUUUGGCAAAGUGUUGUACGUGUUGGAAUUGAGGAACGAUCUCUCUGGUACGGGGCAAUUACAGGGGCAGAAGAUGAUUUUACAGUGGAUGAAUUAUGGGAUAUGCUUGACCCAGAUGAGUCGACGUUGCUAAAUUUGGUUUAUGAUAUGCACUCAGGGUGGAAUUUUCCUGUUGAGGAGGGUGGAAAGCUGAAUUGGUUUGAGUUGAAUAACAAGAGAUACUGGAAAACGGACGAUUCAUACUACCUUAAGUCUGGUGAGUUAGAAAGCCAACGUAAAAUUCCAGAUUUAGAUGUGCUCUUUGAGGAGGAAGGUGUAAUUGGUGUUAAUUCGGAAGCGCCAUUGAUAGUCUUCUAUGGGGAUCCAGCCACAGAAGAAUUUGAAGCAUUUAACCGGAAUCUAUACCACGAGGCGAUGGAUGGUAAGCUUAGACUUGUUUGGAGGCCCACUGGUCUCAGGUCUAAAACUCCAGAGAACAAAUAUUCAAAAUAUUAUCCGUAUGACUAUACCUUGAAAGCAGAAGCUUGGAAUCAAGAAGUCAUUGCCGAAGUGGAAAUUCCUAGGGAAUUCUCUUCGACGACAUACAGACUGGGUAAUGUAUCUCAGGAAGAAUUAGAGACCUUGGAUUUAAAAGCUACUACUCUGAUUUUGAAGCGGUUUAAAGAUACUAAAAAUUUGAAUGAUACAAUACAAUAUGCAAGGCAGAUAAUUGACAAUUUCCCCCUUAUAGCUUCACAACUGGCGAAUAUUGAGGUAGAUGUGGAGAGUGCAGCUGAAGUUUUGGAUGCGUGUAUUGAAAAUGGUAUCUCCUAUGAUUCAAUUGGUGUUUAUGUUAAUGGCCAGCAAUGGAAAUUGACUGCUCUCAACCCAUGGUCUUUUAUCAUGGCUAUUAUUUCAGAGAGGAAGAAAAUCAAAGGGGUUUUGAGCACUCUACAGUCUCAAAAUAGUGACAUAAGACUACAUGAUGCAAAGAAUUUUCUGACUAAAUACUCACAAAUUGGUGUUUUAAACUUGCAAGAUCUUCAGCCAGUUCGCUACGAUUUUCACCGAAUCCCUGGAUUUAGUGAGAGUGUCAUUUACUUUAAUAAUCUGGAGGAAGAUCCUCAAUAUAAAAAUCUGUCAUCUGACAUAAGUGUCUUUUACGAGAAGUCUGAGUUUGGAGAAAUACCAGCAUAUAAAGAAAACUGGAACGAAAUUGUCUUUGUUAUUGACUUUGAUAAUCUUCGUGAUCAAAACUUCAAAGAUAUCCUGGCAGGAUUACAUCGUUCAUUGAAUGUGGUAGAAUCGGGGUAUCCACAGAGAAUUGGUUUGCUACCUUUAUAUCGCGGGAAAGAGAAUGAAUACGUUAGAAAUAUCUACAAAUUAAAGGAUCAAGAUUUAUCUGAUUUAAAAAGUUAUUUGAAAAGCUUUAAUGCUAACGAUUUCAAUAUUACAAGUGAUGCAUCAGUUCCUUCAGUGAAAGAAAUCCUACAAAAGUUCCGUAUUACUGAUAACUCUAUUAUAAUUAAUGGCCAAAUACAUCCGUUUAAAAAAAAUUCCUGGAACUAUUUUGUUGCUUCUACUAUAAAGCAUGAUGUCACGUAUUUGAAAAGAGCUUUAAAAAAGUCUAAAUCAGAAAACGUACGUGAUGUGCUACAUGCACGGUCUUUUACUCAUAGGGACCAAAGAUUAAUCCCUGAUUUUUUUGAAGAUGCUAUAUAUACAACUACAAACAAUAGUAUUUUUGGAACCUUAAAGGAUCGUGUUGUAACGUAUAACAGCGAUAAAACCUAUAAUAUUUUGCACACGAUUACUUUGGUAGAUGAUUUUAACACGAAACAAGCCAUUGAAAGGCUUAUAAAUUUGAUCAACAUUGAAUUGAAAGGUUUGAGGAUUAGAUUAAUCCAUAAGGGUGAGUUAAGUGCUAAAUGGAAGGAACUUUGUGGUAAGAUUGCCUCAAAUGACAAUAUUCUAUAUGAAUACUUAACAAAAAUUUCGAAAAGGGCUAGUUCCAAGGCUAAAUCUGAUCCCUCAGUGAAAAAUGCUUUACGUGAAUGGCUUUUAGAUUUACCACUUGAUUUGAUUUCCCAAGAUUCAUUUUGUUUAAUUAAUGGAAGAUAUUUUCACUUUAAUUCUUCCGACGUUCUAACCAACACUCAAUGGCAUGCUAUUCUUCAACGUGAGUCUAGGCGUACUAUUGAUGUAAUGAAUAUCCUUAAUGGAGUCAUACCAACAAUGGUUAAUGAAAAAGUUGAUCCGGACUUCAUCGAACAACUGUCCUCAUAUGCAACUUAUCUCUUCUAUGUUGGUGCAAAUAUUUUCAACAAUGGUGUAGAUUUUACUUCAGAAGCCACUUUACCUCGUAUGAAUGUUUUGGACUUCUUUGAUCAAAAAAUGCUACCUUCCGUAAUUUAUAAUGGAAAUGUAAAUGCGGAGGUUAACAUUACCGUUAUAAUGGACCCAUUAGAAGAAAGAUCCCAAAAGUUUUUACAUCUGGUUGAUAUUGUUCAGUCGUUGAGUUUUGUAAACUUGAAUAUAGUGCUUUUGCCUACCAAGUCAUUAGCUGUUAUGCCUAUACAUCGAAUUUAUUCCACUGAUGACUUAUUUGAAGAUGCAGAUGACUUAUUUUUUGUAAGCAGGGACAUACCAUCCACUAUUUCUGCUGAAAAUUCUUCUAUCAUUGUUCAGGCGCAUGUAUUCCAAGAUGAACUAAUCUCUAAAGCAACUGUUGAAGGUGUCGGUGGUGUGUGUUUAGAAAUUGUGAACCCAUAUGGUAUACCUCUUUCCCGGGCUAUCUCAAUGACUACUUUUGGUUAUGCUCAAUUCUCAUUACCUGCUUUCGAACGGAAUCUGACGAUUCGUAGUUGUGAUGAAAGUUUUACAGUUUCAUCAUUUUCUAACAACGCUAAACCAGAUUUUGUUCCAGUAAAAAGCUUUGAUGUAGUGGACUUGAAGCCGCACCGGGUUGUCGUGAAGAUAGAGUCUAAAAUUAAGAAUCAUAAGGGGCAAAAAUUGUUUGAAUAUGAUAACGAAAUUAACGUUCAUGUCACCAUACAUGAUUUGCGCGAUGAGUAUUUGUUCAAACAAAAGCUUUUAACAAUACUUUCAAAUCUCGACUCAAAUGGGCGUGUCCAUUUUUGGUUGUCCCAUGUUUCUGAAUUAAGCAUAGAAUUGAAACGAAUUCUAACAUUUGUGGAACUGAAUACUGAUCAACGAGUCCUCUUUUCCAGAAUCACUUACGCAUGGCCCGUAUGGCUCCGACCCCAACGCUUUUCUGAGAGAAGGCAGGAUGUUUCACGUAUUAUGUUUUUGGACGUGAUGUUCCCUUAUAAUCACAUUAACAAGUUGAUAAUUUUGUCUUUAAAAGAAACUGAUACCCCUGAUUUAGCAGCGCUGAAAAACUUGAAAACUAGGGCUUACUUCACAAUGAAGCAGCAUCGUGGCAAUGGCUAUUGGGAAGAGGGUUAUUGGAAGAAAUUCUUAGGGGAAAAUAACCUAAAGUUUUAUGACUUUAGUUCCACCUUCGUCGUAGAUAUGGCCCGUUAUCGUGACACACAAGCAGGCCAUUAUUUGAGAAUCCAUUAUCAAAGACUAUCAUCUGACAUAAAUUCCUUGUUAAACAUUGACGGAGAUUUAGCCAAUAGUUUGCAGCUCAUUCUUCCUAUCAGAACUUUGAGGGUUAAUAAAGACCUCAACAUUCCUCAUCCUGAAAAGGAGUUUAUUUCAAAAUUUGAUGCGGAUGUCGAGGCUUUCUUUGCCUCACUUGAUCAAGAUAACGAUUUGUCAACCGACGCUGACACUGGUACUGACUCCGACUAUAAUACUGGACAAGACUCUGAUUUAUACGAUCCAGAAUUCGAACAUGAUGAAUUAUAA